AUGCAUUUGCUUGGCUAUAUCCUCAAUCGCAUCUUCACCGAGAUCAACAACAGAGGCUUAAGGUACUUUGGAGUCGUUUGGACACAGACCUUCGGAACCUUCUCUCAUCCGCUUAACAUCACUUGGAUGUCACUCACCUGCACAGACUCAGAAGAAAGAGCCUUAGCCAUGGCGAUGGUCAUCAUGGGAGCCAACAUCGCCGGUAUCUAUGGCGCGCAAAUCUUCAGAUCAGACGACCGUCCAAGGUAUCGUAGAGCGUUCAACGUCAAUAUUGGCGUACUUGCGUUUGGUCUGUUGCUCGCAGGCAUUAGGUUCUUAGAUGACAGGUUUAGAAGAAAGAAGGCCAAGGAUAGGCUGCCAGAGUCGGGAAGCGAAUCGGAGGCUUAUAGCGAUGGUGUGACCAAGGUCGCUGUUCCUGAUGAACAACCGCAACCCAUCGCAUUGAGGGAACCAAGCACUUCGUUGUCAAAAGCAGAUGUUUGA